AUGAUUUUAAAAAACUCAGAACGAGGAAAAACAAAAGAAUUAUUAUUUAGUAAGAGCUUAAAAGAAUUGAUUAUUGGAAUGGAAUUCCCAGAUAAUCAAUCUAAUAAAUCAUCUGAUAUUAACUCUGAAGAGGAUUCAUUGGAAGACGAACCGCUAAAUACUAUGAGUGAACCAAAACAGAACAUAACACUUGCAAGUAUAAUAAAUGUUCUCUCAAGUUUUGACAUUAUGAGUGCCUUUCCAAAUUUGUAUUGUGCUUAUAAAGCAUUAUGUACAAUUCCAGCCUCGUUACCCUCAGCUGAAAGAAGCUUUUCAAAGGUUAAAUUGAUCAAAAUUAAACUUAGGUCGAAAAUGUCCCAACAAAGGUUUGAGAGUUUGAUGUUGAUAUCUUGUGAAAGAGACAUACCAAUCGAUAUUAAUGAAAUU